GAUUAUCCUAAUUAAUGUCUAUCUAAUUAAAUUACUGUCAGCAGCUAACCAAUGGCAGGAGCCGUUUCAUCGGCUGCAUAAGCAGCAAGAUCAAAAGUGAGCCUUUUCUGAUUGCUGCAUAGUGUCAAUUGGCCAAUCUCUUCUCCCAGGGAAAAAAAAAAAAGUAAAUCAAACCUUUGAGAAGCAUUUGCUGGUUGAAGUGCUUUCUGUCUAGUGAGGGGUCUGUGGAUUCCUAGUUUAUGAUAAACAGGACUUUAAAACCCAGGGACGGGAGGGCGAGCGUUCAGGUUCUAGAGCUAUGCAGCUGGAGCACUGCCUCUCUCCGUCUAUCAUGCUCUCCAAGAAAUUUCUCAAUGUGAGCAGCAGCUACCCACAUUCGGGCGGAUCUGAGCUUGUCUUGCACGAUCAUCCCAUUAUCUCGACCACUGACAACCUGGAGAGAAGUUCACCUUUGAAAAAAAUUACCAGGGGGAUGACGAAUCAGUCAGAUCCAGACAAUUUUCCUGACUCCAAGGACUCACCAGGGGACGUCCAGAGAAGUAAACUCUCUCCUGUCUUGGACGGGGUCUCUGAGCUUCGUCACAGUUUCGAUGGCUCUGCUGCAGAUCGUUACCUCCUCUCUCAGUCCAGCCAGCCACAGUCUGCGGCCACUGCUCCCAGUGCCAUGUUCCCGUACCCCGGCCAGCACGGACCGGCGCAUCCCGCCUUCUCCAUCGGCAGCCCUAGCCGCUACAUGGCCCACCACCCGGUUAUCACCAACGGAGCUUACAACAGCCUGCUGUCCAACUCCUCGCCGCAGGGCUACCCCACCGCCGGCUACCCCUACCCACAGCAGUACGGCCACUCCUACCAAGGAGCUCCGUUCUACCAGUUCUCUUCCACACAGCCCGGGUUGGUGCCGGGCAAGGCGCAGGUAUACCUGUGCAACAGGCCACUUUGGCUGAAAUUUCAUCGGCAUCAAACGGAGAUGAUCAUCACUAAACAGGGAAGGCGCAUGUUUCCCUUUUUGAGUUUUAACAUUUCUGGUCUCGAUCCCACCGCUCAUUACAAUAUUUUUGUGGAUGUGAUUUUGGCGGAUCCCAAUCACUGGAGGUUUCAAGGAGGCAAAUGGGUUCCUUGUGGCAAAGCGGACACGAAUGUGCAAGUGCCCAGAGAAGAGCCUGGAUCCCCGAGAUCCGGGGCAGUGUGUCUAGGCCACCCUGUCACCGGGAGAAUCCCACAGCCAGUCUGGAGCAAGGGCCUCCAGUUGGCUCAACCCGGCCCACAGCGAGCCCCCGGGCUGGUGCGAACAGGCACACAUUAAAAAAGCGCUCUCUUUUCUCUUCGCGGACAGAUGGUGGUUUUACAGUCCCUGCACAAGUACCAACCCCGUCUGCACGUGGUAGAAGUGAACGAGGAUGGCACAGAGGACACCAGCCAGCCUGGCCGCGUCCAGACGUUCACUUUCCCGGAGACUCAGUUCAUCGCUGUCACCGCCUACCAGAACACCGAUAUUACACAACUAAAAAUAGAUCACAACCCCUUUGCAAAAGGAUUUCGAGAUAAUUAUGACACGAUCUACACGGGCUGCGACAUGGACCGCCUGACCCCUUCGCCCAACGACUCUCCGCGCUCGCAGAUCGUGCCCGGCGCCCGCUACGCCAUGGCUGGCUCUUUCCUGCAGGACCAGUUCGUGAGCAACUAUGCCAAGGCCCGCUUCCACCCGGGCGCCGGCGCGGGCCCCGGGCCGGGGACGGACCGCAGCGUGCCGCACACCAACGGGCUGCUGUCGCCGCAGCAGGCCGAGGACCCGGGCGCGCCGUCGCCGCAGCGCUGGUUCGUGACGCCGGCCAACAACCGGCUGGACUUCGCGGCCUCGGCCUACGACACGGCCACGGACUUCGCGGGCAACGCGGCCACGCUGCUGUCGUACGCGGCCGCCGGGGUGAAGGCGCUGCCGCUGCAGGCCGCGGGCUGCACGGGCCGCCCGCUCGGCUACUACGCCGACCCCUCGGGCUGGGGCGCUCGCAGCCCCCCGCAGUACUGCGGAGCCAAAUCGGGCUCCGUGCUGCCCUGCUGGCCCAACAGCGCCGCGGCGGCCGCGCGCAUGGCCGGCGCCAACCCCUACCUGGGCGAGGAGGCCGAGGGCCUGGCGGCCGAGCGCUCGCCCCUGGCGCCCGCCGCCGCCGACGACGCCAAGCCCAAGGACCUGUCCGACUCCAGCUGGAUCGAGACGCCCUCGUCCAUCAAGUCCAUCGACUCGAGCGACUCGGGCAUUUACGAGCAGGCCAAGCGGAGGCGGAUCUCGCCCGCCGACACGCCGGUGUCCGAGAGCUCGUCCCCGCUCAAGAGCGAGGUGCUGGCCCAGCGGGACUGCGAGAAGAACUGCGCCAAGGACAUAGGCGGCUACUACGGCUUCUACUCGCACAGCUAGGCCGCCCGGCCCGCGCUCGCCCGCGCCCUCCCCGGCCCCUCUGCUCUGCCCCACGUCCUCCUUCCCCAGGCCCGCUCUUGCGC